ACAAAUAAAUUAGUAUUUAAAAAAUAUAUAACUGUAGGAGUCUUUUACCUUAAAGGAGAAGACUCCUACCGUUAUUUUUUUUAUUUAAAAAUAAUACUAUAAGCGUCUUUACCCCCUAUUGUCCAAUUUACGCGUCUUAAAAGUAAAGACGCGUAAAGUUGGCAGUUUUCAGCGUCUGGGUCUGGGUCAUACGCGUCUUGACCAGUAAAGAUGCAUAUUAUCAUUUAGUAAAGACGCAAAUGACUCAUUUUGUACUAGUGUGCAUUUCUAAAAGCUUAAUAAGGCACAUGUUCUUGUAAAAUUUCAUUGUACAUCUAUUUCAUCUUAAUUUUCUCUCAUUUAAAUGUUGUCUGCUUUUAUAGCAAAACUGUACUCACAAUUCAUUUUUUUUCUUCAUAUACUGCUCCUCAAACACCUUCCAACCACCCUUAGAACCUGGAAAGGUCUCCCCCCUACAGAUCUCUGUAGUUUUCUGGAGGAAAGAUGAAAACUUCAAGUAAUAUAUGUGGAAAAAGAAAACUACAUCUUGAAGACAACGGCUUUCAGGGGUCCUUUCUAGGAUCAUUUCCCCAGUCCAACACUAGUACUGCCGGUCUCUUCUCUGCUCGCUGCGCUGUUCUCCUUCGUCGUCCAACGCCGCAGCCCGUCACCGUCCAGAUCUAACGCCUCCAGCCCCGUCGCCGUCCAAUCUCCACCAUCCAUCCUCCCCAGCCAACAAAACAGCCUCGCACAGCCGCCUCCUCGCCAUUCGCUGCAGUAGCCGCCGGUCUCCAGCCCCCUCGCCGCAAGGUUUCUGGUCUCCAGUCGACGCCGCAAGGGUUCCGGUCUCCAGUUGUCGCCGCUCGCCGCUUGCCGCUGCCACCGUUUGCGGUUUGCCAUUACAGAUCAUAAAAAAUGAAGACCUUGAAGAGUUGAAGGAAAUUGGGUUAUGGAACAUUUGGCACUGUCUAUCAUGGCAAAUGGAGAGGAAUAGAUGUUGCCAUCAAGAGAAUAAAGAAAAGCUGCUUCACUGGCCGAUCAUCAGAGCAAGAGAGGCUGGUUCAGGUCUGAAUACUUUGGUGAAAAUGAAAGAAUUGCAGGUAAUUAGGUAAAAGGGGGUUUGCAGGUUCAAGAGGAUGUGCACUCGAGCUCUUUCUUGUGAAGAGGAAAAUCAAGAGUCCUUCCUGGCUAUCAAUUUUUUCCUAGCUGUCCAACCCCUCAACGUGUGAGGCCUCAAAGACAAUAUUCCAGAGAUUCUUCCAGUGGUUGUUGCAGCAAUAAAUGUGAAGAACAAUUGUAUUCUGCAUCUGCAUCUGUUAUCUGCUGUCACAAGGCCAAGGUUGGGGAUGCUUUCUCAUUUUACUGCUGUGCGGAAGCUUGAGCGAAGCAUAUUUCCAAUGGGAUUUACCAAGGAAGCAACAGAUAGAAAUUCAAAAGCUGGAACUAAUAUUAUUAGUUUUGAAAGCAAGCAAGUUCAGCUUACAGAUAGAAUUAUUUUCAAUUGACAAGAUUUUAUAUCUUUGCUUACAUAUUCUUUCGAUCUAGUCUUUCCUGCUGUUGUAAUUUAAGUUCUUGAUUAUGGAUUCUCUUUGAAAUACCAGUGAAAGAGCUUUGUUGAACCGUUUGAUGGUUGAUUAUACUGGUAUGAAACAAAUUAAUGUUGAAUAUUGAUAAUAUUGUUGAAAUGUACAGGGCAACAUUGGUAGUUUCAUCAAAUAAAUAUUUUUUUUUUAAAAGCAAGACAAUCUGCGUCAGAAAUAUGUUGUCCAUUAUUGAUGCAAUUCUUGAUUUGGUUGUCCUUGCAUAAGGUAAAUUAAUUUAAAUUGUUUAUUUAUUUCUUUAUUUUUGAGAUGGCUGCUGAAAAUUUGUUUUGAGAUUGAAGGUUCAGGUCUGAAUACUUAGGUGAAAAUGAAAGAAUUGCAGGUGAAUCCAGGUUGUGACAAUAUGCAGCAUGUGUUUGGACUGGGAGAAACAACAAGGCAUGUGUGGGACUAUUUUGCUAAAGCUAUGGGAACUGGCAUUCAAGUGAGGAGUGAAAGACAUGUUUGUUAUGAAUGAUUAAAGUUGAAAAACAGGAUGAUGAUGUUUGUGGCACAAAGGCUCCCAGUUCUGAUUUUGUGGGAACUUUGGGUGAACUAUGCACAUUGCAAGUAUGGAGGAGGAAGGCCAUCAACAGCAAGGAUAAUAAAGCAGGGGAGCAGGAUCAUAAGAAUAAAGAUCAGGUAAACGUUCAAUCUCAAUCUUUGAGAAAGGAUGUGAGAACUGACGGGAAAAGUAAGGAAAAGGAUGUUACAAAUAACAGCCAGGGAAUUAAGCAUAGCCCAACAGGUGUUUGUGAAAAUGACUAUAAGAAGAAUGGAACAGCAACUGCAGGGAAUGUGAAUGCAAAUAAGAAUAAUGUACAAGGACAUGGGACUGGAGGAAGGAAGGAGAUCAGGGGUGUAAAACAAGGGCAAACAACAGUGCCCAGAUAUGCAUCCCUAUUUGCAAAAGACACUGCAAAGGCAGGGGUCAGUGUUCUUGCUGGCCUUGCACAACCAGAAAUCAGAGACAAAGUGACUGAGGUACACAGAGGCCUCCCUGCAAUCCGGUUUGAGGAGGCUGAAAUUAAGCAACUGAACAUCAUAGAAGAUCAUCUGCUGAUAGGAAAAUUCUCCUGGGGAAGGCCAAACUUGGACAACAUCAGGAGGCAUUUUGCUGAAAAAUUUAUUUUAAAAGGGUCUAUCACCAUUGGGUGGAUUGACCCGAGGCAUAUCACAUUGGCAUUUUCAAAUGAGGAAGAUUGUUUAGAAAUUCUGAUGAAGGACCAAAUAUUGUUUGAAGGGAAAUACCCUAUGAGAAUCUUUAGAUGGACUCUGGGCUUCUCAACUGAGAAGGAGUCUAGUCUAGCUGCAGUGUGGAUACAAUUACCCAUGCUAAGUGCUAAUCUGUUCAACCUGGCAGCAUUGAAACAAAUAUGCAGGCCAAUAGGCAAGUUCUUGGCUGCAGAUCAUGCAACAUUGAACUUUUCUGGGAAAAAUGAAAUGAACAACAGAACUGGAGGUCAAGUCCCCAAUUCCAAGGGGAUGGGAGAAAAAGCACAACAACUGGAAAGCAAACAGGCUGGAACUAUGCCUGAGAAGGGCAAGGGAGUGGCAAAGGGGAACAUGCCUGAGUCAAGCAGGCAGGCUGAGGAAAGGGGAAAACAAGAGGGAAUCAAAAUAAGAGAGGGGGGAGUUCAAAUCGGCAUCUCUCCUUUCUGAUCUGCACUUACUGCGGCGAAAACAACUGCUACGAUCUCCUUGUGAUCAAUUGAGUAACAUUGAAGUAUAUAUAAGAGUUAAAAGUUUCAAGGAGGAACAAAUCUUGAAGUUGCCAAUAUGAAGUUCAUAAAACUUGGAUCAAAGCUUGAUUGCUUUCAAUAAAAAGGGAACAACCUCAGACAACUGUUUAUCAAACGCUUUUCGAUACAUUGAGAGGAGAUACUUCUCCAUGGAAGAAUCACUGUUUCAAUGGAACUUCAUUAGGAGUUAAUAAUUGUCUUCUACUAGGCUCAAUAGAACUUCUGAUUUGCUCCAUGUCCUGCUAAGUGUGCCAAGAAGGAGACAAGUGAACAAUAUAUCUAUCACAAAGCAUAAUUAAGCAUAAAGGUUAACUAGAAUCCUACCAAAUCAAGAUGGCUCGAAAGGAGAAGAUCUGCGACGACAACGAGCUAACGACGGCUUCAGAUCUGUGGCGACAAUGAGCUACUGAUGGCUUCAGAUCUGUGACGACGAGGGCUACCGAGGGCUUCAGAUCUGGACUUUGUGCUUGUUUAUAUGUUUGCAUCUUAAUAUUUUUCCAACUUUUUGUUAUUGUUGAAAUAUUUCAUAUUUUGGACAGCAGACCAGCAGCCGUUUAGGCAGCAGACCAGCAGCCUUAUUUAUGUUUUAUUAUUAUGUUAGUGCAAUGUUAGGCAGCACCAUUUGUCAGUCAACAACAUGUUAGGCAGCAGCCUUAUUUGGUUUGUUAGGCAGCAGUUUCUUUUAGACUUUUUAGUGCAGAAUUGUCUUUCACUCAUGUGUAUAAAUAGAGAUGUAUUAGUUAGCAUGAAAAAUAACAGUUUAAGAAUUUUUUCUCCCUUCAA